AUGUUCAGGAACAACUACGAUAACGACUCCGUCACAUUCUCGCCCCAGGGCCGAAUAUUCCAGAUCGAGUAUGCCGCCGAGGCUGUCAAGCAAGGCUCAGUAGUCGUGGGCAUCGCUAGCAAAACGCAUGUGCGUAACGCCGAAGAAUUGUCGUCAUACCAGAAGAAGCUGUUCAGCGUCGACGAACACUGCGGCCUGGCGAUCGCGGGCCUGACGUCGGACGCACGCGUCCUCUCCAAUUUUAUGAAGCAGCAGUGCCUAGGCCACCGCCUGACAUACGGAAGGGCCAUGCCCCUCCGCUCGCUGGUUGACAUGAUUGGUGACAAGGCCCAGAUGAACACGCAGAUGUACGGCAAGAGGCCGUACGGUGUGGGUCUCUUGGUGGCCGGCGUGGACGAGAAGGGAACCCACCUGUUCGAGUUCCAGCCCUCGGGCAUGACGGAGGAGAUGGUGGCCUUUGCCAUCGGCGCCCGCAGCCAGAUGGCCCGCACGUACCUUGAGCGCAAUCUCGACAAGUUUGCCGACGCCUCGCGCGAGGACCUGGUUAAGCACGGCCUCCGUGCCCUGAAGGAGAGUCUGGUCCAGGACAAGCAGCUUACGCUCGAGAACACGUCAAUCGGUGUUGCCGGCACAAAGGCCAAUGAUGGAUCCGCCGGUAUUGAGCCCUUCAAGCUCUACGAGGACUUCGAGGUCAAGGACUGGCUCGACACCGUGGGUGACGGUAACGAGGGCGACGAGGAGGAAGAAGAGACCGCCGAUAACGGCAUGGAGGUGGACAGCUAG